GGACCUGUAGAGACUCCUCCAGAGGAGCAGACAGCCUCUUGUGAAGGUUCAAAUGCUGCUGUUAACAUGGAAAUUUCAGAAUCUGUUGUGGAAAAUGGAGAGACAGAAAUGUCCCCGGAAGAGUCAUGGGACCACAAAGAAGAAACAAGUGAAGCAGAGCUAGGAGGGGGUCCCGCAGGGGAUGUGGGGCCUUCCGAAGAAAGCGCUCAGGAAAUGAUGGAAGAGGAGGAGGAAAUACCAAAACCGAAAUCUGUUGUAGCACCGCCAGGUGCCCCUAAAAAAGAGCAUGUAAAUGUAGUAUUCAUUGGGCACGUAGAUGCUGGCAAGUCAACUAUUGGAGGACAAAUAAUGUAUUUGACAGGAAUGGUUGACAAAAGAACACUUGAAAAAUACGAAAGAGAAGCUAAAGAAAAAAACAGAGAAACAUGGUACCUUUCAUGGGCCUUAGACACAAACCAAGAAGAACGAGACAAAGGUAAAACAGUAGAAGUGGGUCGUGCCUAUUUUGAAACUGAGAAGAAACACUUCACUAUUCUAGAUGCUCCUGGACACAAGAGUUUUGUUCCAAAUAUGAUCGGUGGGGCUUCUCAGGCUGAUCUGGCUGUGCUGGUUAUUUCUGCACGAAAAGGAGAGUUUGAAACUGGAUUUGAGAAGGGUGGACAAACAAGAGAACAUGCCAUGUUAGCAAAAACAGCAGGCGUAAAACAUUUAAUAGUUCUUAUUAAUAAAAUGGAUGAUCCAACUGUAAACUGGAGUAAUGAAAGAUAUGAGGAAUGUAAAGAGAAACUGGUGCCAUUUUUGAAGAAAGUUGGCUUCAAUCCCAAAAAGGAUAUUCAUUUCAUGCCCUGCUCAGGACUGACUGGAGCAAACCUUAAAGAACAGUCAGAAUUCUGUCCUUGGUAUAUUGGAUUACCAUUUAUUCCAUACCUGGAUAAUUUGCCAAACUUCAACCGUUCAGUUGACGGACCAAUCAGGCUGCCAAUUGUGGAUAAAUAUAAGGAUAUGGGCACUGUGGUCCUGGGGAAGCUGGAGUCAGGCUCUAUUUGCAAAGGACAACAGCUCGUGAUGAUGCCAAACAAGCACAAUGUGGAAGUUCUUGGAAUCCUUUCUGACGAUGUAGAAACUGAUUCAGUAGCCCCAGGUGAAAAUCUGAAGAUCAGACUGAAGGGAAUUGAGGAGGAAGAGAUCCUUCCAGGAUUCAUUCUCUGUGAUCCCAACAACCUGUGUCAUUCUGGACGCACAUUUGAUGCCCAGAUAGUGAUAAUUGAGCACAAAUCCAUUAUCUGCCCAGGUUAUAAUGCUGUGCUGCACAUCCACACCUGUAUCGAAGAAGUUGAGAUAACAGCCUUAAUCUGCUUGGUAGACAAAAAAACAGGAGAAAAGAGUAAGACACGGCCCCGCUUUGUGAAACAAGAUCAAGUAUGCAUUGCCCGUUUAAGGACAGCAGGAACUAUCUGCCUUGAGACGUUCAAAGAUUUCCCUCAGAUGGGUCGCUUUACCUUAAGAGAUGAGGGUAAGACCAUUGCAAUUGGAAAAGUUCUGAAACUGGUUCCAGAGAAGGACUAAGCAUUUUUCUCAAUGACCCCCGCACAAUACUGUGAGGAAAAUCGACUCUGCAAAAGCCUACUUCACACCGCCUUCUUAUUUUCUGCCCAUUGAUAAACUUCUCCCCAUAUUUUGCAAAGACAAAUUUCACAGCAAAGGUCCACAUUAUGUCAGCUUUCUCAUAUUGAGAGCUCUGCUAUGCCACUGUUGAAUUUUCCCAAAAAGAAUUUUUUCUUUCUCCCAAAUUCUGCUUCCUUGGAAAGAUUCGGCAAUAGCUUUGUAAGUGAUGUGGACAUAAUUGCCUAUAAUUAUGAAAAUCUAAAGGAUUUUUAAUGUUUAAUUUCCCCCUGCAUAUAUAUUAAGACAUCUUUUUUCCAGGCAGAUCAUUCAGAGUGUGCGAGUGUGUGUGCACAUGUUACAAAGACGACUACCAUGUUAAUAAACUAUUCAAUUUGAAAUCUUUUUCGGUAUUUGAAUUGCUUUUGAAUAAUGUUUUUUAUCCGGAUGUAACACAGUUGCAUUAGCUUUUUAACUCUCCAGUAACCUGGAUGUGUGGUUACUCGGACUUUUCUAAACUCCUCAGCCUCCCCACACACACAGUUUUGAAUGAGGCAAUUGGGCACUCAACCAAGUUUGUAUUAAAAGAAUUAGGUUUGCCCCUUCCCUUUGUUGAAUGCGUUCUUAAAAUUAAAAAACAUUUGUGCAAAUGUGGCACCUUCAUUAGCUUUACAUUUGUUAAUAUCAUCAGCAAAUUUAGGUUGACUUAACAUCAUUACUAGACACAGUACAUCAAUUUUGAAGGCUAGAACUACUUGUUGUGUCUUUAUAAAAAUUCAGCGUUAUUAAAUUCCUGACUGCAGAAAACGCUAACGACCAGUAAAUCAGUGAAACUUGCAAAAACAAGAGAAUUUGUGGCAAUAGUGCCUAUUA